UAUAUUCGACACAACUCUAACAAACUCCACCUUGACGAAUAUUUUUCACUACCUUGAAUUCUUCAAUGCGUCAAACUUCCAUGUACAUUGGACUUGAGCUUAUCCCAUGAGUACCGCUGCUACUUCAAAGACUCCAUAUGAUUCCACCCGCAACUUGUAGUCCCUUCUUUUCAUGACCACAGUCAACACUCGAGCAAAAUCAAGUUCCUUGUUACUCUAGUUUGUGCUCCCAACUUUCAGAGUAUCCGUCAACGCCAUCACACACCGAUCACUAAUCUGCGUGAAAGUGAACAACUUACAUAUUGGGUGUCACACAUAAGAGUUACCUGAACUCAACAUCACCGCUCCUUUCUUGACAGCCUGUCUGAAACUUGAAGAAAUUUCACCAUUGCUUGUAGUCAUCCCGAGUCAAAUUGGCAGUUGUCUCACCACAUGUAUGACCACCAGAGCCAUGGUCCGUCUCCAUGCACCAUGCAUACCGCACGCCUCGCCGCUAUUAUCGCGUCGAGCCUUCGCUGUCCCGGUCGAGUCUCAAGGGUUGCGAACCCACACCACUCAACCCUCACUGCAGAGUACCACCGAUCAUCGCCGACCGAUGACGAAUUUCACACUUCCAUCAGACCACUGGGCUCCAGUCCGAACUGCAUGUCACUCACUUUUUUCCCCUUGCUGAAUAGGCUUCGACUCUGUGUGCACUUACGUCGUAGCCCCUCAAUUAGCACCGAGUGAAGUCCUCCAGACUCCAGCUCCACCUUCAACAUGACUCCAUGAUAGAUGAUCAAUCCACCCCCGCGCCUCGUCGACUUCAAGCUCUCAUGUGCACCGUCUUGAAUCAACCCCGCGCCAUAGUCUUGUGGAAGCCACACAAGUCCUCAGACCUGCGCCACGUGUUUCCACGCCCCAGAAGUCGGUCACCAUCAGCAUCACGCUCCUAUGUCGCUGUCGCCAAUCUCACCAUCGUCUUCUGUACCAACCGACUCACGUCGAUCCGUCAGACUAUCUAGUCCAACCAAGCCGAACUUCUCCGAUUGCAUGACACGCUCGGGGCUCCCAAAUCGUCCACCACGAAUUUCCAUCCAUCACAUGAUAAUUUCAUCUUAGCUGACAUGACUUCCCGCAACACCCUCAAGCAUCCAUGUUGUGCCCCUUGAUUCCACCACCGGAAACUAAACGCCUAUACAUUAGUUCAUGCAUCCCUUCACACACGAAUGACUUUAUUCCAGUUAUCUGUGCAUUCCCCCGAGGCACUUGCUCCAAUCAUCCUUGCAUUGGCAGGAUGCUCCCGCUUUGCAUCCACCCCACCCCACGCGCCACGCCACGCCACAGCGCACAGCACUGUUGUUGCUUUGGAUGCGCUAGCCCAGAUUGGCUGUGCUGUGCGUCUCCGAGGGACCCCAUGCCCACCCGAGUCCCAACCACCAUGACAGUUGACAGGCACGGGUCUCGCCUCUCCCUCGGCCCCGGGGAAGAAAUCUUUCGAUCAAGUCCAGAACGGCAGCUGAAACCACACCAUUGAAAUUUUCUCAAUUGUACGAUGCUACAACAGUUCAGUUCUGGAAAGUUAAUCGUUCAGAAUUGACUAGCCAACGUUCCUUCCUUCCAGUUCCAGGUGAACUGGAGCAGCACCCAACUCUGACCGUCCGACGGCAGCAGGCCAGCAGCCGGGGUUGAUGGAUUCCGCUCCCCAAAACCGCCACGUUUACUCCAAAUCCAAACUUAAAACAACUUUUAACCAUCCACUGCUACUACUACAUACGAGUACUCCACUGGGAUCGUGCUGUCCGCAGUUGCCGGCGGCGCUCCGUCCGCGAAGUGCAAUGCUUCUUCCUCGUGACAGCAAUGGCGACGCCGCCGCCGCGCGCGCCCCGUUACUCGCCAGCUACCGCGUCCCACAACCCGACCCCCUCCUAGACAAGCCUCGUCGGUCAGAAUGGCUCGGUUUCUGGCGCGGCGGCCCGGCGUCGGAGGUGGAUUGGGGCUCCGUGCGCGCGACGUGCAGGGAGUGGGUCAAGCACCCCAUGAACAUCGCGCUGCUGCUCUGGCUCCUCUGCGUGGGCGCCUCCGGCGGCAUGCUCGCGCUCCUCCUCCUCGGGCUCCUCGACCGGGCGUUCCCGGCGCCGGCGGCGAGGGCGCACUGGGUCGAGGUCAACAACCAGGUGCUCAACGCGCUCUUCACGCUCAUGAGCCUCUACCAGCACCCGGCACUUUUCCACCACGCCUUCCUGCUCUGCCGCUGGCGCCUGCCCGGCGACGCCGCCGAGCUCCGCGCCGCCUACUGCGGCAAGCAGGGCGGUGGCCCACCGCGCCGCGGCGAGCGCGCGCACAUGGCCGUCGUCGUCGCGCUGCUCCACCUCACCGUCGUCUGCCAGUACGCGCUGUGCUGGCUCUACUGGGGCUUCACCGAGAGGUCCCGCCCCGAGCUCGCGGAGGACGGCUUCUUCGCGCUCGGCGUCGGUGCGCCGGUCGCCGCCGUCGUGUACACCGUGUGCAGCCCGCUGGGAAAAGACCCGUGCGGCGACCUCGCCGCGUGCUCCGACGCCGCCUCGCUGAGGCAGCAAUGCCCCACCAAGGCGGCGCACGCCGUGGCGGUGGUCGAGCCGGAGUGGGCGGGCGGCAUGUUCGACUGCGGCGGGGGCGCGGCGGCGGGGUGCUGCCUCUCCCUCUCCUGCACCUUCUGCGUUUUCGGGUGGAACGCGGAGAGGCUCGGCUUCGGCAACGCGUGCGUGCACGCCACCACGUUCGCGCUCCUAUGCUUCGCGCCGCUGUGGGUGUUGGGCGUCACGGCGCUCCACGUCCACGACGUGGCCGUCGGCGACGUACUCGGUAGCGCCGGCGUGCUGCUCUGCGCCGGCGGCCUCCUCUAUGGCGGGUACUGGAGGAUCCAGAUGAGGAGAAAGUUCCGGCUCCCGGGGAGCGCCGCCUGCUGCGGCUCCAAGUCGGCCACGGACUACGCACGGUGGCUGUUCUGCUGGCCGUGCGCGCUGGCGCAGGAGGUGCGCACGGCGAGCCGCUACCACAUCGAAGACGAGAGCUUCUUCCACAGGAAGGCCGUCGCCGCCGCCACGAACGACGAGCCAGUGCUCACCGCGCCGCACAGGAUUGCGAUUGCGGCGUCGGAUCACGAGGGGUCAUCAAAAUCAGACGGGCACUUGGUGGUGGUUGUUCAUGACGAAAUGGUUCCACCGGCUGUGGUUCAGGUUGCGGUGGCGGGGGACGAUGGCACAUGCGAGCAAUGCAAUGUCGUUCGUGUUGAGAAGAAGAUGGAGGCGAUCGACGUGGUAGAGGAGGAUGGAUCGUCUUUGUUGGCUUCCAAUGGAGAAAUGGUGGACCAUGGAUUGUCUGGUGGAAGGUGGAGGGUGGAGAAGGUGAGGAGGAUGAUCAAUGUGGUCACCAUGGUGUCCUUGCUCGUCCUUUUGUACACAAGGGGAUUUAUUCUUUAGGGGGGCAUUGAAUUUAAAGAUGAUUUUUUGCGGAAAAAAGAA